CUGGACACACAGACAGAGACAGACAGGAUGGACUUCCUCCGGCUAUACCUCCCUGGGCUCCAUCAGGCCUUGAGGGGGGCACUGGAUUCCUUCGGCACCUUUGUCUCCUACCUCAUAGGAGAUGCAGUCCCCACUGUAGAGAGGGAGGCGCAGGCAGCCGAGGAACUGGGGGCGAUGGCUGUAGAAAGGCCAGGGAAGACUGUGGAAGAGGAAGCCCAGGAGGGCCUGGAGGGCCUUAGAGGUGGCCAAAGCAAGGGGGAUGGAAGGCUGGGAGGGCCUGGAGAGGCCGGAAGAUGCCAAGGGGGAAGCUCAGCUGCAGAACAAGCCCAGGGCUGGGGAGACAGCAGCUCCCAUGGGUCCCAAACAGACAGGCAGGACACAGGGGUCUGGAAGGCAGCCAAGGCUGCCAGGUGCCAGGAGUCAAAUGUCCCCUGGGAGUCUGGAAAGAAGUCUGAGGUAGGGUCUGGGGCUCAACGAGACAGGAGCAGCCAAGCCCAGGAAAGGCAGGAGCCCGAAGAGCAGGAAGUGAACAGAGGGGAGACGCUGAGAACCUGGGAACAGGAGGAGGAGGAAGAAGUCAGGGCAAGAGAGCCAGGGAUGGCCAGAGGGGCGGAGUCAGAGUGGACCUGGCACAGGCAGCCUGAGGGGAAGGCUGCUGCCGAUGGGCAAAAGGUGGCAGGGGACAGCAGGGAGACAGAACAGGUGGUGAAGGAGGCAAGUGCAGCGGAACCUGAGAGGCCUGGGGCUAGAGAGGUUGGGAGGGAAGAAGAGGUGGCAGCAAAGGUGAGGGGUAGCCAAAGCACAAGUGCACAGGGGAUACAGAGCCCGGGGGAGGAGUCUGAGGACUGGGCAAGCUCAGGCAGAGAGAAGGCUGAGACAACCUGGGGCAGGGAGGAGGCUUAUCUCCCAAGAGUCAGGGAGACAGAAUAUGGGCCAGUCCCCGGAGAAAGGAUCCCACAGGCUACUGGGAGAGUCUGGGUGCUAGAGGAGGGCUCCAAGGGAGCCCAGGAGGGGGAGGUGGGUGAGAAGAGAGAGGCUGAGGUGAGUCUUUUCCCCAAACAGGCCCAGGCCCUGGGCCCUGACGCAGUGGAAGAGGCAGCUGAGGGCCAGACAACAGGGAGGGAGGCUGCGGGGGGCCAGGAGUGGGAGGAGGAGGCAGGGGAGGGCUUGGAGGACCGGGCAGAUCAGCAUGGGAAAGAGGCUGAGCAGGCCAGUCUGGAAGAUGUGGUACAGGCAGAGGAGGUCCAGGAAGAGAAAGGGAGGUGCUGGGCCACAGAGGCUGAGCUGUCCCCAGACAAAGAAGCCAGAGGUGAUAUUGACUUGGAGGCAACCACAGAGGCCAGGCCUGAGGAGUUCACAGGGCAGAGGAGUGAGGAGGCCCAGACGAGUCCAGAAGCACCCAGGGUGGAGCAGGGUGGCCUCCAACACAAGGUCACGGAAGGCCAGGAAUCCGAGCAGAUGGGAGGCACCCAGACCCCAACAAAGCAACCUGAGGAAGGACAGGGUAGUAAGGAAGAGCUCUGGAGAGUUCCAGCCCUGAGCAAAGAGGGGACGGAAAGGAGCCUGGAGGACUAUCUUGGGCACCUGGGGUGUGUAGAGCCUGAGGUCUCACAGGCUUUCCCAGAAGCCUGGGGAAACCAGAGGAGAAGGGAUGGGGAGAGAGGAGAUACCCAGGAGGAAGAAGCAGAUGCCGAAGAGGAGGGGGAGGACUCAGCAGUCCAGGCCCUGGAGGCAGAGGCCAGAGGAGGCCAAGAGUCUGAACUACCUGAGGUCCUGGAGGCCGGUGGGGAGGAAAAGAAAGCAAAGGAAAGGGAGUGUGAAACAGAGGUCUCUUCGGUAGCAGAGACCCAGGAGCUGAAUGGCAGCCCUAGGCCAGAAGCGGGGACAGGCCCCUCACUCGGAGAGUCAGAUGCCAGAGAAACCAGGCCUGGGGAGAUAGAGGCCACAAGGCCACAAGAGGCAGACAGAACAUCUAGGAGAGGCUGGAGGAUGGAGGGGGCAGCUCUGGGCCUCGGGGACAGGGAGAACACACAGACCAGAGCUUUGGCUGCAGAGAUGGUGGAGGAUAUGGCAGAUCUGGACGUGAGGGCUGCUGGGGCAGAGGCCUCUUGGGAGGGGGAGUCUGGGAGGAGCUGGGACUCAGAAGGCAGAGAGGCAGCUGCAGCCACACAGAGCAGAGGUGGGCAGGAGUUUGGCCUGGAGGGCUCAGCAGAGGAAGAGGUGGUUGGCAGAGGUGGCUUAGCAGAGGCUUUUGAGGCCAGGGAGGGAGAACAUGGGAUAGGGCAGGCAGAGGCUGGGGACUCUGCAGAGGCAGAAGGAAGCUGUGGGCUGGAUCACUUGAACUUGGGCUCCCAGGCAGUGAGGACAGAGGGGACCAGAGCCACAGUGGAGGCUCAGGGGCUCCUGGGAAAGCAGAUGGUUUUGGAAAAAGAGGCUGGGGGGUGGCGAGCAGGAGAGCAGAGGAAGGACAGUGAGGGGGAGCAUGGGGACUGCCACCCUGAGGGAGAGGCGCAAAGGCCCUUUGAUGAGGAGGAGAUCCUUGAGGAAGAGAUCCAGGUGACCGGGGGCCAGACAGAGGCUGAGGAGUUGGACCCAGAAGGCCUGGGGCACAUCAAGGGCCAGAAGGAGCCAAUAAACCAGGACCCUGCAGAAGCUGUGCCUGGGCCACUCGGGGACGCUGAGACCACAGAGGCCACAGGCAAUGGCGGAGGGGAUGCUCACAGCAGCUGGAGUGAGGCCCUGCUUCCCGGGUCCCGCCUGGAUGUCUCUGUCCCAAGAAGCCGGGUACUCCUCUCACGAAGCUCCUCCCAGCGCCGCUCCCGGCCCUCUUUCUGUAGGAACCCUGCCCCUGAGCAGCAGGAGGAGCCCCCCAGCCCCCAGCCCAAGGAGGGGCUGUCAGCUCCAGAGCAGAGUCUGCUACAGCUGGAGGAACCCCCAGAGGCAAGGCCUCUGAGGCCUGAAGGGAGCCCGGUGCCAGCCAGAAGGCCCCUGGGACACGGGUUUGGCCUUGCACACCUCGGCAUGAUGCAGGAACUGCAAGCCCGCCUGGGCCAGCCAAAGCCCCAGUAACUGAGACUUGACGCCCUGGGAACCAGCCCUGAGUGAGGGGCAGAGGCUCACUUGGACCCUGCUCACCCCUCACUCCUUCUGCCAACCUGGACACAUCCUUUCUACCCUCUGAGCCUGUUUCGUAGUGUGUCCUUCAUGGAGUGGACAAAACCAGACAUUUGUGAAGACUUUGAACUUAAGGAAUCUGAUUCUCCAAUGCAGGCUGGUGGGCCACCUACCCCACUGGAACCACUUUUCAGGGUCCCUGCCCUGGUUACCUCCCCAGCCUAUCUCAGCUGUCCAGAGACCAAACAGAGGACUGAGAGGGGACAGAGACCGUUCUGCCCACAGCCUCCCCUCUCUGGCCCCUCUCCCCAGCCCACCUCCCACCCAAGCCCCUCAGAGCUGUGCAGGAGUAACGAACCUCUGGGUGUGAUGCCAGCCCAAAGGCGGGGGGUUAGGAGAACCUCAUAAGCACCGCUGGGAUCCAGGGGGCUGCCCUGAGCUUCCAAAAUAGUAGCUCAGCCUGGGAGUUCUGCUGGUUACUAUGGCAACUGCCCAGCUGAACAGGCCAUAGUAGGGGAGGAUGGAUCAGGGGCCCCAAAACCACAGCAUCAGAGAUGGGUGGCCAGAGGCUGCCAACUCCGUUCCAGGCCAUCCCACCCUUUGGGUGUCAGGCAGCCCUACCCUGAAAAAAAGCUGAGGCAGGGAGAGGGUGAGAGUGUUUUAUUAGGUACCCAGCAUGGUGGCCAGGCCCUGAAACAAUAAAUAAACCAUCAUCUCCCUAAACAAUAAAUAAAUAUCCA